AUGGCAACGUCGAGCCACAAGAAGAUAAAGGACACCAAGAAGUCCAAACGUUUGAUCGUUCGUCGGAACAAUAUUCUUGGUUCUGCAAAACUCAUAGGAGAUUUUAAUGAGAAAUAUAAUCGUGAAACGGAUUUCCUUCAAUUAAAGUUCCGCAUUGAAAAGCUUGAUUCUCUAUGGGAUAAAUUCAAUGAGAUACAGGCUGAAAUUGAAUUAGAAUAUGGCUUGAGCGUAGAACUUGCUGAUGAAAAGGCAACGUUUGAAGAUUUGUAUUAUCAGUUGAAGGGCUCCUUGGCCAGCAAGCUCGCUCCAAAUGCCGCUGCUCCCACAUCAAGUUCUAGUUCCUCAUCUCCUGUUGCUCCACCUACCCAUGCUUUUGGUGUUCGCCUUCCAGAGCUCAAAAUUCCUGAGUUCAAGGGAGAUUUCGAUAAAUGGAUGAAUUUCUACGAUUUGUUUUCCACACUUAUACACCAGAACCAACAACUUUCAACUAUACAAAAGUUCCAGUACUUGAAGGCAGUGCUAAAGGGCGAUGCUCUCCGAUUGGUACAAUCACUGGCGGUUACUGCGACAAAUUAUGGUAUUGCCUGGGAUCUCUUGAAGAAAAGAUUUGAUAAUAAAAACUUCCUUAUCAAGCAACACUUUGCCGCUCUUCUGGCUACUCCUUCCUUGAAGAAGGAAUCCUCAUCGGCACUUUCGGACCUUGCAGAUGUCUUCGAAAAGCACAUUGGUGUGCUCGACAAAUUGGAGGAAACGGAAGAUCACUGGAAUUCCUUCUUAGUAGAAUUUCUCAGCAGCAGGCUAGAUUCUACAUCCUUAAAAGAGUGGGAAACGUGCAAUAUGAAGCCCGAAACACGAUCCACUCGAGUUCAUGUUGCCUCCCACGCUACUACCACCAGUGAUACUUCGAAACAGCAAUGUGUUACAUGCCGAAAAGAUGCUCACACACUCUCGUCGUGUGAAGAAUUCUUGAAGCUGUCGCAAAAACAAAGUUUCAAUGUUGCCAAGAAAUAUGGACUAUGUCUGAACUGCUUGAGGCCCUCACACUUGGUGAAAGAUUGCUCCUCCGGUUCAUGCAGAACGUGCAACAAACGACACCACACACUGUUGCAUAUGAAUGCCUCUACCACGUUAGCAGUUCAGGUGGACGACCCGUCGAGUAUAAACAUUCCACCCCCACAUUCCCGACCUAGUUCACUAUCGACUCCGAUCGUCAAAUCGUCGUCGUCGGUCCGAAUGUGCACUGCCGAUCAGCCGCACGUGGUCUCUCGGGAAAUGAGAUCUGAUCUACCGCCGUCGCGAGGCCAAGGUCAAUCGGGUUCGUUCGCUUCGUCGCCGUCGGUUACAGCGUCAGGUUCGGGUCAAGGGUCUUCGCCGGUGACAAGUUGCUCUGCAGUCACCCCUUCGUCCACCUUUGCUACAAGGACGAACUCCACAGUAUUUAUGCUCACGGCCUACGUAAGGGUUCGUGACAUUGAUGGACAUUACUCACUCGCUCGCGCUCUGCUAGAUUCAGCAUCGGAGCGUAAUUUCGUGACCGAACAUUUGGCUCAACGGCUACGCCUCAAAAGAGAUAAAGCAGAAGUUGAUGUGUAUGGCAUUGGCAAUAGCGUACAACACGUUACUCAUUCAGUAUCGGUCAACCUUUCCUCUAGAGUAGGUCCAUUCAGUGCAAACAUCGAAUUUCUAGUACUACCUAGUUUAACUAGAAUUUUGCCUUCCACCAACGUGGAUAUAUCAAAGUGGGUGAUUCCUCGCACCCUCCCACUAGCAGAUCCCAAAUUUAAUAUUGCACAUGGCAUCGAUAUGAUACUUGGAAUACAAUGGUUCUUCACACUGUUGGAGGACGAGCAAAUCACAAUGGGUCCACAGCUUCCACUACUACGCAAAACAGUAUUUGGGUAUGCCGUGGCCGGCGAUCAUGCAAACACUGAGCAAAUAACAACAGUAGUUUGUAAUGCAGCAAUGACAAUCGACAAGUUAACUGCCGCGGUACAACGGUUUUGGGAGGUGGAAAGUUUUGAGAACGGGAAGGCAAUGUCACUGGAGGAACAAUACUGCGAAGACCACUUUCGAAACACCCAUACAAGAGCCCCUGACGGUCGUUACGUAGUUCGGUUGCCGGUUCGUGAAGAAAUGUUAUCGGAACUAGGAGAAUCGUUACCGGUUGCUCAACGACGGUUCCAAGCAUUGGAGAAAAGGUUUCUCACCAACACCAAAUUGCACACCGAUUACAGUCAGUUUAUGGAAGAGUAUGAAUUGCUCGGACACAUGGAAGCUAUCGACCACGGCCCUGUCAAUCCACAUUUCUUUCUUCCACACCAUGCUAUAUUGCGGCCGGAUAGUACGACGACUAAGACCCGAAUCGUUUUUGAUGGAUCGUGCAAGUCAGCAACCAACAUUUCGCUCAACGAUAUUUGCUAUAUUGGACCAACAGUACAGUCACCUCUCCUCACCACUAGUAUGAAUUUUCGCAUGACCAAAUACGCAGUUACAGCAGACACUGAAAAAAUGUACAGGCAGAUAUGGGUGCAUCCCUCGGAUCGUGCUCUGCAACAAAUAGUUUGGAGGAAACACCAGAGCGAACAGUUGAAGCUUUACCAGCUCAAUACAAUGACGUACGGUUCCGCAUGUGCGCCUUUUCUGGCUACGCGUUCAUUGAACCAACUCGCAGUGGACGAAAGGGAUCAGUUUCCGCUGGCAGCUCAACUAGUUAGGCGUUUCUACGUCGAUGAUUGUUUGGCCGGCGACGACGAUAGGCAGCGCAUGAUAGAAGGCUCUCAGGCGAUAGAAAUGGGAUCCCACGAGUAUUUCAAUGAUGUUGAACAAAUGCACAUUGAAUUCCUGGAGGAGGAUGAAUCAUAUGUGAAUCAGAGCAGCAAGCAACGGGAGAUAGACGAUGAGAAUUUCUCCUUCGAUCCACUAGAAGAUAGGGAUACCGAUGAAGAGAUCGACGACCAGCCUCUGCGUAUUGAAAAUGACCAGAAAAUGUUUUGUUUUCCCGUAACAGUCUACACCCGGAAUUUUAAAGGACAUAAAUCUGGCCCAUCGAUUGGAAAUAUUCAGGUGAGCUGUGAAAACGCCGAAGAAGUGAUGAAUACGGUUUCGAAUAUUGUGCGAGCUACGUUCGAAGAGAAGCCGUAUUCGAGCCCCUGGUUCCUGGUUGGUGGUGAUGCGAAUAAAUAUACCGUCCAUUGGCAUGAAAAAUGUACUCCAGACCAAGUGGACAUGGACAAGUUCGUCACGUUCCAAUGCAAAGCUUCCAAACGAACAUACAACCCAGCUAUUGGAAAAACCUGA